AUGCCGACAGCCGGGGAACAGUUUGAAAGAUGCACAGUGGCAACACAAGCGAAUUGUCCGAAUUUCCUCACCAACUCGUAUUGUAAUUUAGGAACCUUGCUAUGUGAAUGCCCUGUCGGGUAUACAGCAACUGCCACCGACAUUACUUGCGAAUAUAAUUGUGGAAAUCUGACUGAUCCGGACAAUGGCGCAGUUACUACCCCAGACGGUACUCAUACUGGUGAUGUUGCACAAUACACUUGUGUUAGCACAUUCAAGGUUGUUGGCACGGCAACGAGAACUUGUCAGCAAGAUACUGGUUGGGAUGGUGCUGCACCAACAUGUGAACCAAGUAGACAGAUGUGCACCAGAGAAACUGACAACAGAGGCACAAUUUGGGAUUAUACACUUCUUGGAAUGGAAGUAAACAAAACAUGUGGCGAAGGUUUUACAGGUAAAACUACCAUUGGCGUGGUAAGAAUUAUGAUGAAGUUAACUAAAGAAAGAAAAUUUGGUUACAUGUUUAGAUUUCUCAUAAUCAGAAUGAAAACUGAUUAG